GACCAUUUCAUCCUGCAACAAUCGGUUAGCACGAUCUACAUAGACUUGCAGAGGGGGAAACAUGUCUGAGAUUGACUAUGAGAAGUUAGCUGAAAUAGAACUGCAGAAAGAUGAAGCAGAAGACACACAGUCGGAAGAGGAAGAAACAUUUACAUCUCCACCACUUAAGGAUCCUGAGUUAAAUAUCAAUCACCCUUACUAUGAUGUUGCGAGACAUGGCAUCAUCCAGUUAGCAGGUGAUGACAAUUCUGGAAGGAAGGUGAUUACCUUCAGUUGCUGCCGUAUGCCCCCUUCCCAUCAGCUGAAUCACACCAGGUUGCUGGAGUACUUAAAGUAUACUCUGGACCAGUAUGUAGAGAAUGAUUAUACAGUUGUCUACUUUCACUACGGCCUGAAGAGUCUGAAUAAACCAUCUCUGAAAUGGUUACAAACAGCCUACAAAGAAUUUGACAGGAAGUAUAAGAAAAACCUUAAAGCACUCUAUGUUGUACAUCCAACAAACUUCAUAAAAAUUCUGUGGAAUAUCUUUAAACCUCUUAUAAGCCAUAAGUUUGGGAAAAAAAUCACCUACUUGAACUAUUUAAGUGACCUGAGAGAGCAUCUUAAAUACGACCAGCUAAAUAUUCCUCAAGAAGUCAUCCGGCAUGAUGAAAAUCUUCGGAGAAAACAGAAGGGAAAACUGCCACCUGCGGUUAAAGUUCCUCCACCACGGCCACCUCUACCAACUCAGCAAUUUGGAGUCAGCCUGCAAUAUAUCAAGGACAAAAAUAAAGGCGAACUAAUCCCCCCAGUAAUGAAGGAAACUGUAUCCUACCUAAAAAGAAAAGGACUACAAGUAGAGGGCCUCUUCAGAAGGUCAGCCAGCAUCCAGACUAUCAAGAAUAUUCAGAAACUCUACAAUCAGGGCAAGUCUGUGAAUUUUGAUGAUAAUCAUGAUAUGCAUAUUCAUGCUGUUAUCCUAAAGACUUUCCUUAGGGAACUCCCUCAGCCAUUACUAACAUUUGAGUGUUAUGAGCAUAUCCUCGAAAUCACCAGUGUGGAGAGCAGUUUACGAGUUACCAGAUGUAAGCAAAUCAUUCAAGGACUUCCUGAACACAAUUAUGUUGUUCUGAAGUAUCUGAUAUGCUUUCUCCAUAUGGUUUCACAGGAGAGCAUAUAUAACAGAAUGACAGCAUCUAGCUUGGCCUGUGUUUUUGGUUUGAAUUUGGUCUGGCCGUCGAAAGGAAGUAUCUCCUUGAGCGCUCUGGUGCCUCUGAAUCUCUUCACUGAGCUGCUGAUAGAUUUCUACAUGAAUAUAUUCAACUCCCGAACAGUGCCUGGUGAGAUCUUGCCUUAA